AUGGAACUACCUAAUGUGACAAAUUAUCCCUUUGAGCUAGCUCGGAAUCAUAAUCCGGCCUUAUUAGUGAUUAUGGAGACCAAGCUUGGUGGAGCUCGUGCGAAGGAAAUAUCGGAUAGGCUUCCUUUUGAUGGCGCCAUCCAUACAGAAACAAUUGGGUUCGCAGGAGGCCUUUGGCUGCUCUGGAAUGCUGAUAUUGUGGAGGUGGUUCAUUUGGCAAAUACAGAGCAAGAAAUCCAUGUGGAAGUGAAGGUACUUGCUACUAAACUCUCUUGGAUUUUUUCUACUGUUUAUGCUAGUCCUAGGAUUGCUGAAAGAAAUACCUUGUGGGAAAAUUUAAUUAAAGUAGCUGAUCUUCAUAAUAAACCAUGGGUGAUAGCUGGGGAUUUUAAUGAACCCCUGUUGGAUGAAGAUAAGUUUGGAGGAAGGCCUGUUAGCAUAUAUAGAUCCCUGUUAUUCAAAGAUUGUCUUGAUAAGUGCAAUAUGGUGGAUUUGGGAUUCUCAGGUCCUAGAUACACGUGGACUAAUAGAAGGGAGUUGAAUAACCUCAUUCAAGAGAGAAUAGAUAGGUUUUUCAUGAAUCCUAGUUGGUGCCUCUUGUAUCCAGAAGCUAGGGUCUCCCACCUCACUCGUUGCCAUUCCGACCAUUGUCCUGUUCUUCUUGAAACUGUUCCUAGACAGACCAAUUUCCUUAAUAGGCCUUUUAGAUUCCAAAGCUUCUGGUUGUCUGACCCUUCUUUUCCUCAAGUGGUGACUAAGGCUUGGAAUUGGGAUGAAAAUCUUUCAACUUCUAUUGUAAGAUUCACAAAAGAUGCUAUGAUAUGGAAUAAAAACCAGUUUGGAAAUAUAUUUGAGAAGAAAAGAAGAUUAAUGGCUAGGCUUAAUGGAAUCCAGCAGGUUUUAGCUUCCAACCCCCAAUCUUCCCUAAUUGAUUUGGAAAAUCAGCUUCACAAAGAAUUGGAUGUAGUGCUGAAUCAAGAGGCGGAGUUGUGGGCAUUAAAGUCUAGAAUUAAUUGGAUGGUGUUGGGAGACCGUAACACUUCUUUCUACCAUGUUUCUGCUCUUGCUAGGAGGAAAAGGAACACUAUUACCAUGUUUAAAAACGAGGUAGGGGACUGGCUAACGGAGGAAAGAGAAGUAAUGAACCAUUUUAGAGAGGGGUUUAUCAGGCUGUAUACUACCAGCCAAGUCAAGGCUACUUGGAAUCAUAACCUCCGGCAGGGGUGGCAAAGUAGUCUCACAGAGGAGGAGAAGCACAGUUUAGAGCAGCCGGUGAUAGAUGCUGAAAUAGUCACUGCCUUGUGGUCUCUUAAGGCAUUCAAGUCUCCAGGUCCUGAUGGACUUCAUGCUGGUUUUUUCCAGAGAUUCUAG